GGCCACUUGGUUUUGUCCCUGCAAAAAUCCCAUCAUCUCUUUCCUUUCCUUCCCUCCUGAACCAGACCACAGCAUCAAAAAACGCACACAGUCACACACUAAAAACUAUACCUAUUACCUACAAGUUGAUAGAGAACUUGUAAAAGACCAGAAGAAAAAGGAAAAAAAAAUUCAGAACAUCACAUCAAUCCCAAAACAGAGGAAUUUUUUGAGGAAGAAGAAGAAGAAGAAAGAAGAAGGUCAGUCUAUAUAUGCUAAUUAUAAGGUGAAACCAAGGAGUGUGUGACACAUUUUCCUCUCUGUAUUUGUUAAUGCAUCAGAAAAGAUUCGAGCUUCUGCAUCAGAUCGGAAAGGACAUUAAUGGCGGCGUCUCGUCCGAUUUGAAUAUAAACAUCCCAACCCGUUUUACCCACCAUUUUCAACAAUCCCAGAAACAGUCAACACCAUCUUCUUCUUCACAAAAUUCACCGCCUCAACCUCAUCUUCACAUCAAGAUUCCUCCUUUCUCUUCGAAUUCUUCGAAUCAGAAUGAACCCAUCUGGCAGAAUUACUCGGAGAACAACAACACCCCAAUUUCUACACCCCAUAAAAGACCGAUGAUGUCUCAAAGUUCCAGCUUUGCUCGUUCUCCGACCCUUUCUUCUUUUCAUCACCUCAAAACGGAUCAAGGUGAUAAUACUGUUCAAACUGGCGCCAAAUUCCCGCAUCCGUAUCAUGCUCACAAGAAUGGUUCGGUGUUGAAUUCGGGUUCUUCCCAUAAAUCUUGUCCUUGUUCGUCUUCAAUUCCUAUGCUUUUAGCUACAAAAAGAAUUACUCUCAGAUUGAUUCACCAUUGGUGCCAUGCCUCGUGGUUCAGGGUCCAUUUGAAGGUUUUUACUUUGAUUUCCUUGCCUACUGUAUAUUUUCUCACCUCAAAUCGUCGCUGGUCUUUCUUGCUUCACUUGCUAUAUUUUCUUAUUUUCUCCGCUCUUCUAGUGAUUUCGCUCCAUUUAGGCCUCCCUAGAUUUCCCUCAGUUCGAUUGUUUAUUGAGAAAACUUUGCAUAUUAGUCUUUCGUCAGUAAUCCCUCCGACUAAGCAUCACGAACCUCGAGUUGUCUGGUCGAUUGGGCACAAGCCUAAAACUGAAAAGGUUGCUAAUUCAGGGUGUUGGGUGGAGGUUUAUAGUAAUGGUGAUGUUUAUGAGGGUGAAUUUCAUAAGGGGAAGUGCUCUGGAAGUGGAGUUUAUUACUACCAUAUUAGUGGGAGGUAUGAAGGUGAUUGGGUUGAUAAUAAGUAUGACGGCUAUGGCGUUGAGACAUGGGCAAAAGGAAGUCGAUACCGUGGUCAAUACCGGCAAGGACUGAGGAAUGGAGUUGGAUUCUACAGGUCUUUUACAGGUGAUGUGUACUCGGGGGAGUGGUGUAAUGGACAGUGUCAUGGUUGUGGAUUUCAUUCUUGUGAGGAUGGAAGUAGCUAUACCGGAGAAUUUAAGUGGGGUGUAAAACAUGGCCUUGGCUGCUACCGCUUCAGAAAUGGGGAUACUUAUGCUGGUGAAUAUUUUGCUGACAAGAUGCAUGGUUAUGGGGUUUAUCAUUUUGCAAAUGGCCACCGUUAUGAGGGAGCUUGGCAUGAGGGGAGAAGGCAAGGUUUUGGAACAUAUACUUUCAGAAAUGGAGAAACUCAGUCUGGAUACUGGCAAAAUGGAGUUCUUAGUGCUUCUAGCCCCCGGGGCACCCUUCCUGCGUCUUCGACUGCAUAUGACCAAGCAAAGGUUCUUCACGCAGUUCAGGUAACUAAAAUGAAUGCAACUGUUAUAGGCAUGUAUCAUUUGUCUCCAUGAAAAUAAUCUACGCAAGUUGUACUUUAGUACAAUCUGUUGAGCUUUAACAACUUGUUCUAUUCUCUAAUGCCGCACACAUAAAGCUCCAAUAUUCUCUGCACAUAAUUUUCUGUUAAUACGGAAAGGGAUUUAUGUCCUCUAUUAGCUUGAGCUGGUUUUAACCUGUAUAGUUUCUCCUGCUGAUUGUUUCCAACUUGUGAAAAUUAACUUUUUAGCCUUUCAGCUGUUCUUUAUGAUAUUUCCCGAAAGUAAAUACCGUUGAAUGCUUGCAGGAAGCACGGACAGCUGCACAAAAGGCAGCUCAGUUGCCAAAUCCUGAGGAAAGAGUAAAAAGAGCUGUAGCAGCAGCUAAUAGGUCUGCAAAUGCAGCAAGAGUUACAGCAGUGAAAGCAGUCCAAAACCGGAUGCACCGUAACAAUUAUAAUAAUCUCGAUGUUCUGUGACUAGCUGUAUGAUAAUUCUUGAGGGUUGCCAACAAGUUUUCUCGGUACAGAUGUUAGUCCCAUGGUGGUGUUCUUUUGCAAAAAGGCGAAGACACUAAGAGGGACUUCCAUGGACGGCGAUCAGAUCAAUCAAGUUACUGGUAGAGAGAGUUACAGGACGAAUGCAUCAGUUAUACUUAAUUUUGCCCCAGCAAAAAAAGUGUACAUAAUAAGAUCAUGCUAAUUCCACAAAUGGAGCACAGUACUGGUGCCACCCUAGCAAAGUAGGUGUUUUUUUGCCUUCUUGCAUUGUCCAAUUGUAUAUAGUGGCAUGUGUUGGAACCCCAACCCAUGGGAUUCAAACACUGAAUUAGCUCUUGAAGUUUGCGUCUUCAAAGUAAUCGAUGUAAUAUUUCCUUCAUCAAGCUGAUAAAAAUUUAUUGUGGUUAUAAGAGAAGAAACCAUUAGCAUAGAAGUUUUCAUGAGUGGAAAAGAACAACCCCCCCUCGGUAUUCAGACUGAAGAAUGUUGAGGGUUGAGAAUUUCCCCUUGAUUCUCCUUCCGCACAAGUUCUUCAACAAAAAGUUGGGAUUCAUACAAAAUUCUCGACGUUGAAAUUAUGUUAAACUGCCUUGUAAGCAACGACAAUACUUCAUCGUCGUUAUGGUUAGCUUGCACAUGGCAACAUCCCAGAAGCCAAAUCGAUUAGUGAAGGAAGCCAGAUCCACUUAAUUGGUGCCCAGCAAAUUAUAGCUAAUGUGUGAGG